AUGCCAGGUACCUGUGUCCCCGUACUUCUUUCACUUUUUUUCAUUUUGGCACUUUCCACCACCCUGUCCCUCCCCCCCAAAAAAGUCCGCCGACUGCUCCCGCUUCCGCAGGCCGUGACUUCCUAA